CAGCAUGCUUUGCAUUGCUCAAUACGUGUUUUCCAUGUGUACGCAACGUGUUGACAUUCGUAGUCAUAUUCAACUCGCUUAGCCACACGUGGGUAACAUCGAAUCGAGCCGAACUGUCGCCUGUCACAAUAUCACCUGUUGAAUUUCUUGCUCUAAUUAGCCAAACAAGGUUUAAUUGUAGUUAAUUGAAACAGUUAACGAACGACAAAUAUAUCUCACCAUGGCUAAAGAAUAUUUCUGGGGAGCAACUCUGUCCAAGGAUAAGAAGAUCUUCAAAUGGGACCCAGAAUCUGACUUCCUGGAUGAUGAAGACGAUGAUGAGGAAGAUUCCAUUUCCCAUUUCCUCUUCCUGAAGCAGGCUGUCCUUGGGGUAGAAGCUAAAGAUGAUGAUAGGAAUGUGAUUGAAGUGGAGACGAUCAACUUUGAUGGAGAUACAGUCAUUCAGCCUCUUCUUUCUCUGAGACUCGGUCUUAAUGAGAGCACAAAUUUGGACAUUGGUCUUCAGCCUCCCGUCACAUUCAAACUAGCCCUCGGCUCGGGUCCCGUGUAUCUCAGUGGACAGCAUGCCUUAGAUUUACAAGAGGAUGAAGAGUUUGGGAAAGACUUUGAAGGUGCAGAGGCAUAUGAGGUGGGAGAUGAGGAUCUAGAAGAUGAAGACGAAGGAGAGGAGGACGAGGAAGAAGAGGAGACGCCGAAGAAGGGAUCACCCAAAAGAAUAGUCAAGAAGAUAGCUGCAGUAAAGGGUCGCAUGAAAGGAAAAGGAGAUGAACUAGAUGAGGAUGAAGAUGAGGAUGACGAUGAGGAGGAGGAGGAAGAAGAAGAGAUACAGACCGCAAAGGGAAAGAAAAGACCGGCUCCAUCUGCUAAAGGUCCAGCAAAGAAGAUGUCCAAAAAACCUGCUUUUGAUGACGAGGACGAUGAUGAUGAGGAUGACGAAGACGACGAAGAUGCUAUAGAUUGGAAGAUGGCUUUAGGAGAUGAUGAUGACGAAGAUGAUGACGAGGAGGAUGAUGAGGAUGAGGAGGGCAUGGAUGACGAGGAUGAGGAAGAAGAGGAGGAGGAUUCAUCGCCCGCGAAGCCAGCAAAGAAAGCAAAGGGCAAAGUGAACGGAACGGCUAAACCUAAGGGAACACCCAAGUCACAGGCAAACAAAGGAUCAAAGGAGAAGAAGACAUAUUCUUUGGAGGACAUGAAGCAAGACUUGAUCAAGUCACCCAGCAAGCCAAAGAAGGAAGAAAAGUUCAAGAACUUUGUGAAAUCAAAGUUCCACCUCUCAGAAGGAAAGAAAAUCCAAGAGCUUUGGGGAUGGUAUAAAAGUACUCAACUUACCCCUAAAUGAAGAAAAGAAGAAGAAAAAAACAGAACUCUUUAAAAAAAAAAAGUCAUCAAAAGGCAGUUUUUGAAACCGUCAACUCCAUGUACCUCUGAAUGAAAGAUGACGAAGCUGCAACAAAACAAUGUCCGUCAUGAUUUUUGUCAAGAUUUUAUAAUGAACCAUGGAUUUCAGCAAUUAUUUGAAAGAAGCAGACGCACUGAUUUGAUUAUAAAAGGGACCAAUUGGAAUUGGAAUUGGUAUUGGAAUUUUUUAUUUAAUGUCAUAAUGUAAUGGAAUUUUUUUUCAAUGAUAGCACCAUAAUUGAUUCUGAUGUAGUAAGAAAUCAAACUUAAUUAUAUUAUCAAAUAAUUUCACCAUUGAAAGAUGGCAUUUUAAUAGAUUCAAUAGCAGUUAAAAGACAAUUAGAACUGUAUGUGAACUUUCAUAAUUGGUCUUUUUUGACGACUGGCAAGAUUUUCUAUUGCCCUUCAAGUAUCACUAAACUUUUGUUAAAAUGGGAGUAUCAUGAAGUAUUAAUAUUUGAAGUUACAAAGUCGGUGCUUUGUGAUAUUAGAUGUUGUUUUUUUUGUCUUAUGGCAAGAGCAGGGUGAAAAGAUAGUUAAAUGAUGUAAGAGAGGCCAGUUUAAGAGGUGUUGAAUGCACUUCGAACAAAUUCAUUGUAGUGUAUUGUUUUUGUGCGAAGGUGAAGAAUAUGGAAAGGGCAUUUUGAGGGGUGUAAUUGCCCUCCACUUAAUACUUUGUUUUGAUAGAGACACACUUUUCUGUGAACUCCAUGUAUUAGGCCAAUAUCCUGCGAAUAUGUCUGGAGACACAUAAUUCUAAAUUGUUUCCUGUUCUCUAACAGAGCAUCAUCGCCUCCACCUUGCUUUCAAUUGUCACAUUUCAAACACCAGAUCGGGACGAAUCCACCCCCCUUUAUGUAUCAGAGAGACGUUAAAAACCUUUAAAAAGAUUGUUGUGUCUCUGUGGAGAGGGAGAAAGAUUAAAAACCUUUCGUCUCCUAGCUGACAUUCUUUUAAUCUUUUCUGGGACUGAUAGGUGAUCUGUAAAGACUGUAUCGAUUACUUCAGCCCAUACCACUGGAAGCUUCCUUUAAACACUCAAGGGUACAUAUAUUUGUGUUGGGCAUAAUUAGAGAAUAAGGCAAUACCUAGGAUUGCUUAGAUGAAGAGUCGGUGGGAAAUAAUUGUUUCGAGAGUGACCUCAAAGAUAAAUUCCCACAGAUGUACUUGUAUUCUAUUCAUAAAGACCGCUCGAACAUGUUGUCUGUUGAGGUGCAGCAAUUAACUCUUUCUUGAAGCAUACAAGCUAAUGCCCUGUCGACUCUCAACAAAUUGUUAAGUUUUAUCAACCGACAAACCCAUCAUAUAUGUCGACGUACAGAUUCGUCUGUUCAUAAUACUGACAAGAAAAUGAUAUAUGCAUGCACUAUGUGAUUGUAAUCAUAUACCUCAGUAACUAAAGCUCUUUCUCAUACAGACAUCCUGAGAGAGUUGAAAAGUUAAAAACUCUUGUACGAUCAAUGAAACGGUCACAAUUUGAUGCCUAACACCAACAUUUACAAUCUCUCCUUUGCUUAUGUUUGUUUAUAAUACCCAAUCAUUUAGAAGAGUUGUUAGCAAUGCCCUAAUUCCAAUGUGUGGUAUAGAUUGUCCCCCUUGUAAUUUCUGUUACAUACUUACUUCUGUUCAUUGACCUUAUUCAAUCUUCUUACUUAUUCUUUGCUCAAAAGUAUAUCUUUACAUCUGUUUCCAAUUCAUUUUAUUUGUUAUAUAUUGUUUUCUUUGCCAAAUGUUUGACAUCAUAUCAUUUUUUCUCCCAUUUUAUGUUCUUUAAGUUGUAUUAUGAUUCUGAAUGAUGUUUUUUGAUAGAUUGAUAUCAUCAUGUAAACUUAUGAAGUGCCACAGGAAGAAGCAUCAUUAAAACUUUCAUUUUCUACAAAACUUCA